AUGCCUGUGAAAGACUACCUGAACAUCAUGCUUGGUAACGAUGCUGUCCGGGAAGAAAUUUUGAAACAUCUCUCAAAGCUACAACGAAUCCUGUCAGAAGAUACCUGUCAGGUUGUACAGCAGAUCAGUGACUUCGACCUGGAUGUAAUCGAAGUGUCGAAUGGGUGUGCAUUCCGGAUUUCUACAAGAGAAUUUUUCGUAUUUCGAAAGGAAGACUUUCGUGGAAAGUCUUCACGUGCGUUUGUGCCGUAUGAUUGUCUUCCACCGCCUAAUCCUGGCUGUUUCGCAGAAGGAAUCAUCAAUUUGUUCCCCCGAUCUGGAGCAGCGCGUCAAGCUGCUCAACAAGUUAUAUCAGUGCCUGUGGCUAAUCGAAUGCCACAAAAAGUCAGAAAACUGGUUUUCUUUGGGCCCAAAAACUCUGGGAAGACUUCUUGGUCCGCCAUUUUUCGCCGUAUCAUGCCGGUUGACAAUAUCGUUUCUGUCACGACUUUUGGGCAAUUCUCAGCCGGUAUGAUACGUUAUGAAACAGAAUUGGUCAUUGCCAACCAUUUGUCGGCAAUGACCCCGAGGACCGUGCGAGCUGUGCUCGAACAGGGAUGUGAUCCCGACCACGAAGCUUUGUUCGACUGCCCUUUUUACAUAACCACGAACAGAUUCACCAAUUACGGCGACCAAAACCACCGUAUCUACAGAAGGUGUAGUGUUUACCAAACCAAUGCCCUUCCGUCACCAACACCUGGGGCUUAUGAGUGGAUUUAUGAGCAUGCUAUGGACUGUGUUGCUUGGAUGGCUGAUAUGAUCAACAACAACAUCGACUUUAUUCGGCAAGAAGAACGAUGGUACGAGGACAUGGCAGGUAAUAAUUUGAGUACCAAAAUUUCCACGUUGCUGUUCACUAAUUUUUCUCUUCCCCUGCACUGAAGUAUUCUUUUGCUAAAGUUGAUCUCUUUUCUUGUUUAAAUCGAUUGACAAAUCACUGCACACAAAUGAAAUUAACACUCGUGUAAACCCAAAAUAUAUAGAAAAGAUCAGCAACAUUUAAACAAAAAGCAUACAAAUUUGUUGUUUUGAGACCUGAGAUGCUCGAUUUCCAAGAAUCGCCAAGUGCUCUGUUCUGUAUUCAUCUCGCUCUGUUUAAAAACUGUGCGGAGAAAGUGACGUUUUCCAACAAUUUCGCUCCGACAUAUAAUGUGAAUGUGGUCUUCAUGAUUAUGAAAGUAAAAAUUGUUGGGGGCGUUUCUGCAUGGCAUAAUAUUAAAUUUUCUUUUUUGUUUUUCUUUCCAGUCAAACAAGUUCUUCCCAGACAAAUUUGCCAACCAGAGCUGGUGGAUGUUGAAAGGUAUGCGUGAAUUAUUUCCUCGUAUGUUUACUUAGCAGAAAUUAUGUGAACAAUUUUUUCAUGGCAGAAUUAACACCUUCAUUCAGUUGUGAGUGUCAACAACCCGGCCUACCUAAUUUAGUCUUUAAAUUGGAAUAAAUGAACAUAAAAGUACAUGGUAAAGUUAGUGAAAGUCUCUUCAUUUUUUUCUAGAGGACCUAACCUUACCGUGCACCAUGAUGAUGAUGGUGAUGGGAAUGAACCUGAUAAUGCUGAGGAACAUAAUGCUGAUGAACAUGAUGCUGAGAAACAUGAUGAUGAUGCUGAUGAUGAUGAUGCUGCUGCUGAUUAUGAUGCUGCUGACGAUGCUGAUGCCGACGACGACCAUGAACAUGAUGAUGAUGACGAACAUGAUGCUGAUGACGAACAUGAUGCUGAUGAUGCUGAUGACGAACAUGAUGCUGAUGAUGCUGAUGACGAACAUGAUGCUGAUGGAGGAACAUGA